AAUGAUGAAAAAAGUGCCGAAAUUGACACAACGUAUAGCAGGAAAAUCAGUUCCUUUGGAGAAAUUUGUUUCGCGUAAGGCGCGCAAAUUUGUCCUCCAAGGGUAUCGUCUUUUGUUACCUGCAUGUGAAUUAACAUAUGUGUGGAAUUCAUACGAUGUCAUGCCCUUAGUACAUCUUUUACGGUCACUAUCAGUCAUCGAAAUCACAAUCAACAACCUGGACAGUAUAAAAGAAAAAGAUCUCUAUAUUAAUUUCUGGGAUGAUGUCUGUCUAGCCUAUUUACUCCGCGGUGUAAUUCUUUCAAAAAUCGCAUUCCCAAAUAAUCCCAAUCACGAUGAUGAAAAAACAUUCAAACACAACAAAGAUAAUGUCACAUCAACCUGUGCGACCGCGAUAGCAUCCCUCCAAUACGUCGUCAGGAACGACCAAAAUAUAAAUUUCGAUCACUACUUGGUUCACUUUGCACGUUUUGAACUCGGUCGCCUAUAUACAAACAUGCGUGAAUUCGGCAAGGCAAAAGCGGAAUUUGAAAAAGUGUUGGAAGGUAGCGAUGUCGGAAAAUAUUCGCUGGAGAGUGUGCUGUUGUUACGGACUUAUAAUGCUAUGGUGAAACUGGAUCUGUUGCAACGAGAGGUGGAGUGGGAAGAGCAUGAACGAGAGGAACGUGAACUAAUGAUCGCAUCAUGA